AUGAGUGGAUUGGCAUCUGGGGCGCCCGAACCGGGCUGUAGAACCUACAACCCACAAGUUCGAGUCGGCAAUUGGAAUGAAGACAUUUGCCUCGAAGAAGACCUGCUCAACGAUUUUUUGGAGAGAAAAGCUAACGGCCAGCUUCUCAUCCAGACACGAGCGAAACUGGCGGACGUUUAUCAAGCGCCAGUAGCGCUGAGCGAGAGCAAAGACGGACAUAUCCACUUCGGAGACACAGUAAUGAUUAUGAACACAGGCGCUGCCCCGAACCAAGAAAAAGUCUUAUCAGUGUAUGCAGAGGAUAAAGAAUACGGAACCCUCUCCGCCAGCGAUAAGUUGACGCCAGUAGCCAGGAAUACGUUCGUCAUUCGACCUCAAGAUGAAUCUUUGAACGGUAAACCUCUACGAUAUGGUCAACGCUUCCGAAUCGAGUCCGUCAUCUCACCGAAACAUUGUCUUAAUUCAGAACAUAUCCGUAUUGUGGCAUCAAGCAGAAGCUCAGCCAGUCAGAUUGUGUUCCUCUCCACGGAGCAGUCAUCUAAAAAUCUCUGGGUAAUAGAAUCAUUCGAUCCCAGUCUACGACUCGAGCAUGAAGACACUCCAGUACCCCAUGGAACGUCACUCAUUAUCAAGCAUUGUCUUACCGGUCAGGCCCUUUGUGCGGCAGAAAAAAUCGUGCGCACGCCAUUUGGAGUGGAAAAGGAAGUCAAUGCAGCAACAAUUAAACAAUGGCACAGAAACCAGAAACAUGAAAAAUGGAAUAACCACUGGCUACUUAUCGCCGGCAAGCCACAGAACUAA